AUGUUACCUAUUGUGGUUAUUAAAGGCAAUCGUGCUUCAUUGUUGGGUAGAAAUUGGCUGAAUGAAAUGAAGAUGGAUUGGCCAAACAUUUUUAACCUUAAAUCUACUAUACAUUCCAUUGAUAAUGGGUCGGAUGAGAUUGCAAAUAUUUUGAAGAAAUAUGAGAGUGUAUUUGAAACUAGGUUAGGAUGUUUAAAGGAUUUUGAAGUAUCCUUAAAGGUAAAAUCUGAUGCUGUGCCAGUGUCUAAACAUGCUAGAAGUGUUCCAUAUCAUUUAAGAGAGACGGUGGAGAGAGAAUUGCAAAGAUUGCGAGACAUUGGUGUAAUUAAAUCUGUUGAUUUUUCAGAAUGGGCAAGUCCUACAGUUAAUAUUGUCAAGUCAGAUGGUAAAGUGGUAAUGGAAAAUGUUCAAAAAGAUAUACCCAAUGUUGCUGUAUAUUUGGAUGAUAUCGUUAUUACCGGUCCUACCGAAGAUAUCGUUAUUACCAGUCCUACUGAAGAUGACCAUUUGAAAAAACUUGAAUUAGUUUUGCAUAAACUUUGUUCUAGUGGUUUAAAGUUAAAGAAGGAUAAAUGUUCAUUCAUGAAUAAAGAAGUUCAACAUUUAGGUCAUAAGUUAGAUGCUGAAGGAGUACCUACCUACAUGUUUCUGAUGAAAAGAUCCUUAUUCUUGACUUGUGAUGCUAGUUCUUUUGGUCUUGGAGCAGUAUUGGAGCAAGAGAGUGAAGAUGGUUCAUUAAAACCAGUGUCAUAUGCUUCCAGAACAUUAACUAGAUCAGAAAAAAAUUAUGGUCAGACUGAAAAAGAAGGUUUAAGUGUAAUUUGGGCAGUUAAUAAAUUUCAUAAAUACUUGUAUGGCAGGAAGUUUGAAAUAUGGACUGACCAUAAACCCUUACUAGGGUUGUUGGGAGAAGGUAAGGCAGUACAUACCCCUCAUAUAGCCUCUGGUAGGAUCAUUAGAUGGUCAUUAGUUCUUUCUGGUUAUGACUAUAAACUGAAGUAUAAACCACGGUGUAAAAUUCCAAAUGCAGAUUGUCUGUCCAGAUUUCCUAUGCAAAUUAAUGAAUUUGAACCUGCGAAUGCAGGAGAAGAGGUUUUGUUACUUGAACAUGUUGAUACUACUAAUGUUAAUUCCUCUGAUAUACGCAGAUGGACUGAUAGAGAUCCUGUACUAUCUCAGGUAAGGUCAUGUAUUCUGAAUGGUUGGGAUAAUAAUUUUGAGUUAAAUGAAGAUUAUAAACCAUAUGUUAGUAGAAAAAAUGAACUUACACUAUUGCAAGGUUGUAUUUUAUGGGGAAAUAGAAUUAUUGUACCGCUACAGGGACGAUAUAAGGUUACUGAUGAGCUCCAUGACACUCAUCCAGCUUUUGUUGGUGAAGAAUUUCAGAGUUUUGUAACUAAGAAUGGAAUUCAUCAUGUUACUAGUGCUCCGUAUCAUCCUUCUACUAAUGGGUUAACUGAAAAUGCUGUUAAAACCUUUAAAACUACUUGGAAAAAAAUGUGA